AUGGUCCUGCCUGGAGAUGACGCGGCCUGGCGCAGAGGAUGUGUCGAGGUGAAGCUGAAAGAUGGGGUCACCCUUGUGUGCCACCUCUGCAGAGAAGACUUCCGCACCCAUCGCUGCAGAAGACCUGGACUUCAGGCAACCGCAGGGCCGGGCGCGUGCACGGUGAGGGGCAUCCCAGCUCCUUCUUCAGCACCAGCAAGUCAAGCCGGGGCCAGAACACCAGCCGCCGGCCCUGCACCUGGCCACCUCCCGGCGCCCGGCCACGUCCGUGUGCAGGACCUCCUCCCCGCAACGGUCAGGGCCAAGCAGCUGACCGAGGAGCAGGUGGCCGAGUUCAAGGAGGCCCUCUCCCCUUUCGAUGAGGACGGAGACGGCGCCAUCAGCACGCGGGAGCUGGGCACCGUCCUGCGGUCGCCGGGCCAGAAACCCACUGAGGCCGAGCUCCAGGACCUGGUGGGCGAGCUGGACCGUGACGGCAGCAGCACCGUGGGCUUCCCCGAGCUCCUGGGCCUAAUGGCCCGUAAGGUGAAGGGCAGGGACGCCAAGGACCAGAUCCGGGAGGCCUUCUGCGUCUUCGACAAGGACGGCAACGGCCUGAUGGGCACGGCCGAGCUGCGGCACGUGAUGACCCGGCUGGGCGAGAAGCCGAGAGACCAGGAAGUGGACGAGAUGAUCCGGGCGGCGGACGUGGACGGGGACGAGCUGGUACGCUACGAGGUGUUCAUGCGCUUGCUGGUUUCCAAGGGCGGCCACAGACCCACCUCCACCCCCACCCCCAUCCCCACCCAGGGUGUCCGGGCUCUGCACGUGGCGCCGGGGGACCUGCCUCCGUUCCCCCGGCCCCUCCGGGCACUGCUCCUCCGCUGGUUGACCUGA